AAUAGAGGAGGUGACAUGUCAAAAAAUAUAGUUUCUCAUUGGACGAUUAUUUUCGCCUACGUGGACACUCUAUCUGAGACUUAUUUCCUCCAGUUUUAAUUAAAAUCUGUAAUAUUUAAGAGUUAUUACUUUAGAAAACUGUGAUUUAAUAUAUAAAUUUAAUCAAUUACACAGUAAUUUACUUAAUUUAAUUGUCCAAACAAUAUCCAAUUAAUAAAGUUACAUUGAAAUAUAAAAAAAAUUAUAUAGUGAAACAAAAAAUAAAUUUCCAUAUCUACGAAAAUUCUACAUCAGAAAAGGAAGGUAGUAUAAUUCCUUGAAUCGAGAUUUUUAAACACAAACAUCCAAAAUAUAAUCAAGGUAUGACAAUGUUUUACUUAAGAAUUGAGUUAUUGGUAUAUCAAAAAAUUUGAGAAAUAAUGAAUUAUUAAACAAAAUAAUUCAAACUUUUAACAUUUGAAAGAUAAUGAAAUAUAUGAAGUCAUAACUCAACUAUUUUAAUAGUAAAAUUUGGGCUACGCAAAAUAUCCAAACCCAAAGAUCCGACUUAAAUCAACCCGAAAAUCAGGCUUUCGAACUCGAUCAGAUAUGUGAUAAAUAACCGAAUGGGUCUUAAAUUGAUGUAUCUGAAGAUCUGGAACCCAAUCUGGUCUAAACCAAGAAUCAAAUGAGUAACCGAAGAUAUCCAAAAUUUAUAUAUAUAUCUAAAAAUAUUUGUUACAAUUGUACAUAUAAGUAUUUUAAUAAUUUAAUUUAAAAUCAUAAGUUAAUUAUAUUAUUUAAUUUCAAUAUUUUGUGUGUUUUCGGUUAAAAUAGGAUAGCGUGAAUAAAAAUGCUCAAAAAGUGUAUAUAAUGAAUUUUUUUGGUUAUUAUUGGUACAUUUGGAUAGUUUGGAUACAAAAUACUUGAACUAAAUUGGGUAAUAUGGUUACUUUUAGUACAAAUAUCUGAACAUGUUUAAAAUACAUUGCUAAUUUGGUUAUUUUCAGGGUAAAAAACAUUUUGUAAUUUUGUAUAACAUUUAAUAUAUUUUAAUUUUGUUAAAUUAUUUAUUUUUUACUUCUAUGUCAAUUUUUAUCGUUUUACAUUGUAUUCAAAUUAAUUCUAAAUUUUAAAUAAAUAAAUUUUAUAAUAUAAUAGCUGAAUUUAUUUGAUUGGAAAUUGUUUUUUUUAGUUAAACUGAAAUGAAUAUUUUUCUUUUCUUUUCUUUUUAGAAAGUCUCGAUCUCACCGUGGAGCUUCGAGUUACGAUUUCAGAACCUUGUAGCCAGAGAUUACUCAGAAGAAGCAUAUGACAAUGGUUCCAUCAAGGUUUUGCCGAUGAGUAUCUCAACUCGAUCUCACCGGAGAAUCUUGUUCUUUUAAUGUAAAGAACACAUACAAAGAAGAAAAGUUGGAUUGUAUUAGCUUUACUAAGUUUAACACUGAUACGUUUGGUAUUUGGCACAAUAGCAGCACAGAAAGUCAUCUGACACUGUAGGAGAACUGACCAAUUCCCAAUUGUUGAUAUCUUCAGAGGUCCAUGAGCUUUCAUAAAUGACUGCAGGACGUCAUCGAGAAGCCAACUUGAUUUGUCAUGUGCGAUUCCAAUUAUGUGGAAGAUACAUUCAACUCCGACCAACAACUCCCAUCUGAGCAACUGGCAGAAGCUUAGUAGACGGCUGAACAACUUCACAACCUUAGCCAGAAGGCUUUUCAGCGCUAGUGGCGGGUUACGGGUAUAUCACGUCUAACAAAGGAAAACCCAUCCCUAUCAUCUUCUUCAAGGUUACUGCCCCUUUAAUCUAAAUAAGAUGAAGAAAAUGAACAUCUAAGAAUGUACAUAUCCUGCAGGAGUACGUAUCAGUGUACCAGUUACAUGCCCCAAACUUAUGGAGAGUUUUCCCAUGUACGAUUUUAGAGACAAUGAUGGUUCUUGAAGUACUCCUUCUCGAGUGUGGUUGGAUAUCAGGUGGAAGGUCGAGGACGUCAAGUCCUUUUCUACACGCCAGAUCACACACAGUUUGUGUUCUAUUGUGCCUGCACACAGUUACACCAAUUCGUUACAAACAGUGAAAGUCACUGACACAUGGCUUUUAGAAAUGGUCACUGAAACAUCAAAAAAUACAGGGUAUUGAUGCCGUUUCUGGAUAUGAUUUGGGAUGAUGCUUAUACCAGUCUUAUAAAAAAAAUCGCUUUAAACAUGAGUCCUGCUUUAGUUUCCAUUUGCUAAUCAACUGCAAUUGUUCAUUAUAUGGUUAACUGAACAGUUUAUAUGGUGCAGAGAUACAAAGUAAGAGAAAUAAAAAAAAUUUGAUGAAUGCUGACCUUACAGAUUUUUAAGCUGAGACCAGUUGCCAAUACACUCUGAGAUGGUUCCCUAGAAGUGAUUGUCACUUACCCUUCUGCAGUUGAAAACACAAAAACAGUUUAGGACUAUUAAAUUUACCUUCUUGGACUACUUAUAGGUUUUCUUGACGACCUCGUUGUUAACUGAGGUGAGAAUUCAUAAGUUUCAAAGAAUUUCAUACUACAGAAAAAAAAGUAUACAUAAAAGUCAGGAAGAAUUCAACAUGAAAACUUAAAAGUUAAAACCCAGAAAAGGUUUAGCUCAAACUUAUAUUACAACUCUAAAAAUUACUCCACUGCAUCCAAUCAAGAAAAAUAUUCAAAUUUACACACACAGAAUUAAUAUUCUUAUGAGGGCUAAUAUUGAUCUCACGGUAGACGGAACUGUACUUGAUUCUGACUAUGGUCAUCCGUGUUGUUUUGGGAGCUCUGACAUGAUCGGAACACGGGUUAUGCUUCAAAACCAACAAUCGUUCUGAUCUUAUAUCCAUGCCUAACUCCCUGCUUAAAUAGAAAGGUGAUUAUGUGAAUGAAAAACAAUGCUAUGAUUUUGCUGUUUUUUAAGAAUUAAGCUAACAUCAAUGAAAGGGUUCAAAAAAAAAAAAGCUAACAUCAAUGGAUCACGCAAAAAGAAUCGAAGGAACUAUUUUGAGCAGAGUAAAAUAAUGAAUAUGAAGAGAGUAGACACAAACCUUGAUUGUUAUAAUACAGGACGAUGGGAGACCUUCCCGUGGAGACAAAAGACUUUCGUGGAUUAAGCAGUAGGUACUUGUAAAUGGUUAUUCUCAAAAGUGUGUUACAGGAUCCGACUAAACUAUCAUAUGAAGUAGAACAAUCUGGUCGUUGUGCCAUCAAUACGCCUCAAGCCUCAACUUAAUCACUAUCAAAGUCUACAUAAAUCAAGUAUAUAGUUUUUUUUUUGAUCAAUUAAGUAUUUAGUUUCUACAUUAAAACCAGAGAGGAAGGUAAAACCUGGUUACAACUUACAUUAGGACGGCACUGGCUUCUUUGGAUACCGAUGGUGAUGAAGGUGGAACCAAUAGGAUUUUGAGUUUCCAGACUGUGUUUCACCUCAGUUCCAUUUUGGUGAAGCCAUCUCGCUGUUAGAAAAUCUUGAAGGAUUUAACGGUGAUGAAUCUGAUGUAAUGGAAGAUCAAGAACCCAAAGAAUGAGAACUUAACGAUUAGGAUAAACACGUAGUUUGGAGCUCAUGGAGACCAGUUGCAGAAGUCUGGAAAGUUGGAUGAUGACUUUCUGUUAUCCUUGGCUUUUGAAGAUGGGAGUUUGCUGAUUUCUUCAUGAUCAGUGUUUGGUUGAUGACAGAGAUUUAGCGCUGGAAAUACAAACCCAAAAAUCAACUCGACAGGUUCAAUCAUCAGUCGAUUCAAAAUAAAUAGAAUCACUCAAAAAAAAAAUAUCAGAUCCAAUCAAUCUUUAAACUACAGCUUAAUUUGGUUUUGACCUAAAAACCCAAUAUCCAAAUACACAGAGAGCUUGCAUAUAUAUUAUAAAACAAAUUUAGAGGGGGAGAGAUGAGAGCCACCUUGAUCCAGAGUUGAUGACAUUGGCAUGACCGGGGAAAUAUAGAUUCUACGUUGUAGUUCUUCUUCUCCUCAGCAAAAUUGGAUGUGAAGAGGUAGAUUAUAUAGUGAUUGCACUAAAUGAUAAAGCUUUAUGAGUCACAAUUUUAAUGUUACAGAGGAGAAGAGGUGAAACGGUUGGGAUUUCUUCGAGGAAAAGGAGGAAGACGAAGUCGUCGAACUAAUUUUUGAUGUGUGAGGAACAUAUGACAUGGCACAAUACAACUCUAUGAUUGGUCUGAAUUAUUAAUCUGACGUGGAUCCCUUCUCCAUUGAGAAUAUCUGGCUUUUAGUAUAGUAUAGAUUAUUUGACUCAUUUAAUCAUUAUCUUCUUAAAUCUCCAUUUUUCAUAUACAUCCAAUAAUUAAAACUUAAGAGUAAAAGAACCUUGGUUUUUUUACUAAGCUUAGCCUAAUGUUCUGAUGUGAGGAUAGAUCUUCAGAUUUUACUAAUACAUCAUUUUUAACAUGUUGCCCAUAAUCUCACUUUCUUAAACCCAAACUUAUCUUUUUUUUUCUUCAGUUUCCAGUUCUCAAGAGUCUAUAUAAGAAGACACCCUCACAACACCAAAAUAAUCAUACCAACAACAAAAAAAACUAAUUAGUAGCUCUUGAGAAAAAUGGAUUACUCUAGUGUUCUUGCUGAAGGAGGCAAUGAAGUGAACCAAGAGAAGCCUCCACCGCGAGUGUGUCCAAGGUGCAACUCAACCAACACCAAGUUUUGUUACUACAACAACCAUAGUGUGUCUCAACCACGCUACAAGUGCAAGGAAUGUCGCCGAAACUGGACUCAUGGUGGAGCGCUAAGGAACAUACCGAUUGGUGGAAGUGGCCGUAAAAAGAAGAGUACAAUGAUAGAUCAACCUUUUGUUUCUCAGGCAGUUUCUGCUGAGAUCCAACAAGUUAGUCGUCGUCGCCAACCUUUCUUACAUGCUCAAAAAACCAACCAGUUUGUUGAAUAUUUUGGUGGUUCUUCUUAUGGCUUUGAUGUUGAUAACCAUGUCGGUUCUUUUCCUAAAAUUUGCGGCGAUGGGGUGCUUCCAUUUCAAAGUUUUCCACCAAUGGAUCGCUCUUAUUUCCAUGAUGGAUUGUUUCAACAAGAUUACUACAACGUUGAGUCCAAUGAUUUGAUUGGUAAUCAUUUGAAUAACCAAUCAAUUGGUAAUCAUUUGAUUAACACAUCAAUUGGUAGUUAUAAUGUUGUGAGCUCUAAUCAUAACAGUUACAUUAAUCAAGAGCAUCGAGACAAGUGGAACCAGAGCUUAAACAAUACUAUGAACAUGAAUCAUAAUGCCAGCACCAGUGGAAGCAGAGAAUGGUGGGACACUGAUCACAUGAACAAUUACAACGGCAACAUAAAGAAAAACUGUGUGUAUGAGUCCUCUUACCAUUUGGAGAAGCAUGGUCCUUGAAUCUUAGCCUUAUUAUCCAUUUUCCCUUUCUGUUUUUAUUUUUAAGUGAUGAAAGCUUCUACCGUUGUUUCCCAAAAUUCAGACAUAAGUUGCUUGUCGGAUUUUCCCCCCUAUCUAUAAUUAUAUGAAUAUCUCUAUGGAUCAGUCCGUUAAUUAUAUUGCCUACUGCCAAUGCACUUUUCUGGUUAUAAGUAGGAUCUUGAGCCAAAAAUAUAUACUAGUUCUUUAUAUUUUUAGCUAACAUGUACAACAAAUUACGUCCAAGAUAAACCCCACAAAUGCAAUAAUCUCGAUACAACAUAAGUUUUUUCGUUGAUAAAUGAUUUGUACAACACAAGUUAAGCUCAUGAACAUGAAUCAUAACGCCAGCACCAGUGGAAGUAGAGUAUCUUUGGAGACUGAUCACAUGAACAAGAACAAUGGCAACAUCAAAAACAACUGUGUAUGCGUCCUUUUGGAGAAGCAUGGUCCAUAAAUAUUAGCCGUAUUACCCAUGUUCCUUUUAUGUUUUUGUGCGUUUUGAAGUGAUGAAAGAUUCUGUUGUUGUUUCCCAAAAAUUCAGACAUAAGUUGCUUGUCUGUUUUUUUUCCCGUAUAAUUAUGCUGGAAUAUUCAUUUUUUUCUGGUUAUAACUUAUAAGUAGGAUCUUGAGCCAAACCAUAAAUCUAAUUCUUUAGAUUUUUAUCUAACAUGGAAAAUAGAUCACGUCCAAGAUAAACCAACAAGUGCAAUAAUCUCGAUACAAUAUCAUUUUUUUUUAUAAAUGAUUAGUACAACACAAGUUACAACUCAUGCAUGCAAUUUAAUAUUUUUUUGAAAAUUUGGAUACUCGUAGAACUUGUAGUUUUUGUGUUUUGACGACUUAAUGCAUUCACUGAGAGUCUGAGAUUAUACUUCAAAACUAGAGAGUAUCAAACAUCCCGACCAUAACACACCAACGACAAAACUAUUAACGCAUGGAUGCAGCCUGUGAGUACACACACUCUGAAAUUUAGCCUAUGGGAGACAGAACUAUUACACUGCACAUUACCAAUCUCCUAAUCAGAUGAUAUGCCUGUGGAGUAAUUUGGUGAAAGGAUGAGCAAAACAAUUGGCACUAGUCCGGAGAUUACAGACUUGACAAUCCUGAAACCUCCUUUUAUAGUUAUGCUCUGCUUUGGUGCUAAUUGUUUGUACACACUUGCACAAUCAGGAUCGGGAUAAUACUCUAUAGUUGUACCUUGGUGUCGAUUGAUAAUAUUAGGAAGUUAAUCUCAGAAAGAGUCAAAGAGAUCUAAUCAUCUAAGAAACUUUUUUUUUUGAAACACAACUUUCAUUUAACUCAAACUUGAAGACUACAAUGACAAGAGGGAAUUAAACAUUCUCUUAAAAACAAACCAUAAACUACAACAGCAAAAGCAAUUAAACAUAAUAAGUCUUCAUAUGAAGUUGACAGCAAAUUCGAGACAUGGCUUGAAUGCGUCGAUAAAGCAUUUCCAGAAAAGUCGGAUCGCUGAGAUUUAGUCACAAGUGACGUUGAGAGACAACCCUCACCAACAAGAAAAACCGAAGUAAUCUUGAUUGCACCUUCUGGCCCCGUACAGACCGCUACGCAAGGAAACAAACCGGUGAGUAAGCUGAAACAAUAACUCGGAAAAGGAUCAGAAAGAACAUAUCUGUUCAUAGAAUGGAGGCAUGAUUGUAAGAUUCUGUCCUCGGCCAAGGAGGAUGAUGAAAACGAUAACAGAUCCGGUGAGUCCACCGAAAACUGCUUCCUAACUGAGUGAUAUUGCAAUAAGCUCAGAAUAAAGACUUCAAUGAAUCCAUCGAAGCUCUUUAAAUUAACCAGAGAAACCAAAACCGAAAUU